CGUAUGCGAUUUGGUGGAUGGUCCGGUCCGAUGUGAAUUUUUUUUAUGAACGUUGGAAUUUGGAAUUUGCGACGAAUUUCCAAUUUUUCAGCAAACGAAACUUGUUUUGGUUAGCAGAACAGGACAAAUGAYCAACGACAGACUGCUGCCUUCACAGAUCCUCAUUAUUACGUACUAGAGCGAAUGUUAACGACUAAGAUUCACUGUUUGCGGCAGAGGAGAAUCACGAAUCGCGGGAAAAACGAUGACCGCCGCCACCGACACCAAAGGGCGGGAAGCGGACUCGUUGGAAACGAACCUGGAGCAGCUGCAAGACAAACUGCAGCARGGGGGACUCUAUACAACCAGAAACAAUAACARCCGGCGAGAUCACGUGCAUUAUUUCUCUACAUUGUUUGCGGGGGUAGGGAGUGGUGCCCUUUCUAGCUUUGUUUGCGCUCCUCUAGAUUUGAUACGAACGAGAAUGCAGGUCUGGGGAGAUAUCCAGCAGGAACAAGAAAAGUUGAAACAGGUUCACCGACAACAGCGACCCGGUAGCAGUAGCCUCAAACUAUCAAAACCGAUUACUCCGGCCGAAGCCUUCCGGGUGAUUCUGAAAAAGGAAGGCCCCAGGGGCAUGUUUCGUGGAUUGGGAGCUACCYUGGUAACGGUUCCCCUGUUCUGGGGUGUCUACUUUCCUCUGUACGACGAGACAAARCACUUUUUGCAAAACAGCCGGCURCCGCAAGAGCACUUCGGCAUCGAUCUGGUCGGGGACUAUCAUCCGGGUGUGGUGCAUUGCAUGUCGGCAAUUUUCACCGGUGCCAUUGCCGAUUUGAUUUGCAACCCGUUUUUUGUCGUCCGAACGCGGCUACAAACACAGGCCCUGCACGAGCUGACGUCUGCCACAUCGGCCGCCGGAGCCGGCACCGUUCGCRCUACCGGGGAACGAAUAUCGAUGCUCCAAAUGGCGAGCCGGCUGUACUCCCAGAACGGUUUGCCCGUCUUUUGGAGAGGAAUGACGGCCAACCUGAUCGGCCUGUCCCACUGUGCGGUGCAAUUCCCGGCCUAUGAAUUUCUGAAGGGGUACCUCCGCGAGCGACGCAAGGGAAGCAACAACGAAACUCUCGGUGGACAGUCAACGUCGUCGUUGUCGGAAAACACCGUGACCGAGUUGCUGCUGGCCUCGGGAAUGGCAAAAAUGUCGGCGAGUUUGCUCUCCUACCCCCACGAGGUCUUGAGGAGUCGCAUGGUCGACAACCGAUCGUCGGCGUCGCCCACGCUAUCGGGAACCGCCAAACAAAUUUUUCGAAACGAGGGCGUUCUGGGGUUUUACAACGGGCUAGGGGUGACGCUGGUGAGAGUCAUUCCCAACUGCUGCGUCACCUUUUUGUCGUACGAGAUGAUAUUGAAGCACUCGAAGGAGUAUUUCGGGAAAAAUCGAUGACGAGAAUCGAUGACAAGAAGCGCUGUGUAAGCAAACUGAAGGAUAUCGCGUGGAUUGAUUCGUCUCAGUAYGAUUCGAAUGCGACAGAUACUAAAACUCUUUAAGCUAU